AUUGACAUUUGGAAAGAAAUUUAAUUUCAACAACAAUUUGACAACACCGAGUCAAUUGUUUUUCUUUGAUUGUGUUUCGUUUUUCGAUUGUGAGAUAUUUUUUCUUUAUAAGUUUAAUUGGAAGGUUUGCAGUGAAAGAAUUGGGCGAAAAUGGGAACAAUUAAGGAUCCAAAUUCUGUGAAAAUCGCUGUUAAAAUGGAGAAUAAGAAUGCCCAGUUGAUUGAGUUUGAUCAAUCGAGACCUUUGGAUGUUUGGAUUCAACAGUUUUUAACAAAUUGGGGAAUCGAUGGAUCGAGUGUUGAUUAUUCUCUUCAAUUUGUUGAUCGGGAAAAUUAUGUAACGGAAAAGAAUCGUAAUGAGACGAAUGGGACAAUAUUGAAUUUGGUUAGUUCACCUGCGAAAACAGUGGUCAUGAUAUUGGAUAAAUUAAGUAAAUCAAGUGGAGAAGAGAAAAAGUUAACACUUAAAGGAUUAGUUAAAUUGUGUAGUGAUGUCGCUUUUGUGGAACAGUUUAUUGCGAAACAAGGGAAAGAAUAUUUAAUUGGAGCAAUUGAACAUGGAACAAUAAGACCAGAAGAUGGACUAGGAUUCGCAUUGGAAUCAUUUGUGGAACUGAUGAACCAUGGAGUUUGUAGUUGGGACUCGGUGGAAGGAAAAUUUGUCGGAAUAAUCGCCAAGAAUGUGAACAGUGAGAAAUGUUAUGAUUCAGCGAUACUGAUUAACUCAUUGGCGAUUUUGGAAAAUAUUUUAAUGUCGGGAAGUUCAUUUAAUUCUAUUGUUGAAAGUGAGAUCACUUUACCCAAUUUGAUGAAACACGUUAAACAGAAUAUGGAUAAUCCAUUAAUCCAACAGAAUACAAUCGCUUUAAUCAAUGCUCUUCUUGUUCGAUCGGAAUUACCUAAGAGAAAAGCGAUUGCUGCGACUUUAAGUUCAAAACAAAUGAGAAAAAUUAUAUUGGAAAGCAUAAUAAAUGUCUCUCGAAAUGGAGAUGAUGUUGUCAAUCCAUCGCCAUUUUCCUCAUCAUCAUUAUCGGGAUCAAUGUCAGGAGGAAAUGGGAGUGGAAGUGGUGGAAAUGGAUUAAUAUCUGCAAGUGUCGCAUCAACGACAUCAUCAUUAAUGUCUAAUGGAAAAUCAAAAACAACAACAACAACAUUGGGAAGAUCAGUAGUUGGAUCUGAAAUGGCUCAUCAACUGUAUAUCCUUCAAAGUUCAUUAAUUAAUUUACAUGAAGAGAGAAUGACAUCAAAACCAUCAACAAGUUUGAUUCUUGAAAGUGAAGCGAGAGAAAGAUUAACAGAAUUGAUGAAAUUGGCUUUCGAUGCUGACCCAGGAUUAAAUAACGAACGAGGAUCAAGUAUGGGUCUCAGUAAUCUCGGCGGUGGUGUUGGCGCUGGAAAUGUCAACAACUCUGGAAGUGGAAGCAAUUUAAGUGGACGAAGUUUACUUGGAUCAACGUCGUCAUUCAUUAAAUCAAACAGUUCAAAUAAUAAUAAUAUUAAAAAUGAUUGGAUUCGUUUGGGUUUUACUAAUUGUAAGAAUCCAGUUGACGAUUUUAAUGAAUGUCCACCAGGACUAUUGGCACUCGAUUUAAUGUCAUAUUUUGCUCGUAAUCACACAGAAAAGUAUCGAAAUGUUGUAUUGGAAAAUUGUAUGAGAUCAGAUCGAGAACAUGAAUGUCCAUUUGCCAAAUCAGCGAUUCAAGUGACCAAAUUGAUUGUAGAGAUUUUUAAGAUCGGUGAGUCUCCAAGUGAUGAAGGAAAAUUGUUCUAUCCGAUGUUUUUUAAUGCCGAUCAUCCGAUUGAGGAAUUUUUCUGUAUUUGUGUUCCAUUGCUGAACAAAACAUGGAAAGAAAUGAAAGCGACAAGUGAAGACUUUACCAAAGUAUUUUCUGUUCUUCGACAACAAUUGGUUCGAGCUCUUUCCGAUGUGGAAGCGAUAAGUUCUUUUGGAAAAUUCGAAAAUAAAACAUCAAGUCUUACAUAUUCGACGAUCAUGAAUCUCUGGCAAAAGGAACGAAGCUCCCGAGAGGAAUGGGAGAAUAAGGCACAAGCGAUAUUGGAAUUGAGAGAAAAAUGUAAACCAGAAAUUGUGGAAUUGAUUAAACAACAAAGAUUCCAAUAUCUGAUUGAAGGAACACAAUUUGUUAAAUAUUCCAACAAAGGUCAAAGAAUCAAAGACAAAUUCUGGUAUUGUCGUUUAUCCAACAAACUGAAAGUCUUUUAUUAUGGUGAUUGCGAGGAGAAUAAAGUUCCAUCAAUCGAUGAGCUCGCUCAUAAAUUGGCCGUUAACGAUAUUAAGGAGAUGCUGAUCGGGAAAGAAUGUGCUCACAUGAAGGAUGCGAAAAGUAGUAAAAAGUCAACAUUCGGUUUGGCGUUUUCAUUGAUUUCGGACUCAUUCCAAGGAGAACCUUUGAACUUUGUCGCUCCAAAUGAGAAAGUUUUUGAUUAUUGGACUGAUGGAAUCAAUGGAUUAAUUGGAAAUGAGAUGGUCAGUAAAGAAGCGAUUAAUGAUUUGGAAAGUUUAUUAUCAAUGGAAAUUAAAUUACGUUUACUUGAUACCGAAGGAAUAACAAUUCCAGAAAUACCACCGAAAAUACCUGAACCACCAUCAAACUAUCAUUUUACAACAAUUCAUUGAGUCAUCAUCAAGAUAAAACAUCCGAUCAAAUUAAACAAAAUCUAAUUAUAAUAAUGUUUUCCAAUCCAAUUCAAUGUAUUAACUUUAUCGAUUUCCAAUCAAUUUUUAUACUUUUGUUUCUUACCCAGAGCUUAAUAUAUGCAUAAAAAUAUAUUACCUUCAAGUCAA